GAAGGCACUACGAGGGCUUUGUCAGAACUGUGAGAUACUGGGCCGAGGCAGAGGGGUGGCGACGGAACGACCGACAGCCAGAGUUUACGAAACAGGGGAGCGGCGGGGAAACAUAACGGUCUUCUCAUCCAUUUCACUAUUUCAAGCAUAUUGAGAGGCUGCCAUCAUGCAUUUGAGUGUAACGGGUGUGCUGUGUGUGCUGUGCGUGUGCAUACAGGCACUGCAGGCGUGUUUGAUGAUCAGUGAGGUCAACUCUGACAAUCCUAGCUUAGACACAAGGGAGUUCGUAGAGCUCUACUAUUUGAAUGGAAGCUCCGUCUCCCUGGAUGGCUAUACACUUGUCUUCUACAACGGCAACGGCAACAAGGCAUACUGCGUGUUGGACCUUAGCGGGCACCAUACGGACCAGCAUGGAUUUUUUCUGGUGGGCUCGGCUGAGCUGCAGCCACGCCCCGCCGUCCCCCUUCCACCUAACUCGGUCCAAAACGGCCCCGACGCCAUCGCCCUGUACGGCCCAUCCUGGACCCCUGUGGUUGAAGGAGGGAACGUCUCCUCAGUUGGGCUACUAGACGCCAUUGUGUACACCUCAGGAAAGGGCAAGGCCGACGUGCUGGCAUGGGUCCUCACACCUGGUUCCUCUCCGUAUUUGGAGGAUGACCAAGCCCUAGAGGAUGAUGAAUCAAUACAGCGGUGCUGGCUCUCCGAUAGUCUUUACACCUUUCAAACUGGCCAACCCACGCCGGGACGUGCCAACGAGUGCCCACCACCAAGUUUCGCUUCACUACGGAUUGAAAGGAUUCAGUUGGGCGGGGAGAGGCCGUCUGGACCACUGGAACUCAACGUUGUUAAGGAAAGAGGGCCUCUGACAGUGGUCGUGUAUGACACACGCACAGACACGGUCAGCACCAGUGUGGGAUUGCAGGCCAGUGAAGACGGGAUUACCACUGUGAACGUGGACACCACUUCUCUGUCAAAAUUAGAUGGCUGGGCACUAGCGGUGUAUGAAGGCCAGGUCACAGACUUCACUAAAGACAGCCCUCUGAGUCAGCUGCAGCCACUCGAUGCCUUUGUCUACAGUGGGAGAACAAACAAUCCCAGUGCCAAUCUCACAGAAACACUCAUACCUGGACGGAAGCCCUUCAAGCUCAGCAGCGGGAUUUCUGAAGGUGAUGCUUUCAUCAGACGAUGUGGUGUUGCUCACUGGACAAGAGAUCCUGGAAUGUUUCAGCUUCUUCUGCAGGGGUCAGGAGAGUCCAGCCCCUGCACAUGGUAUAACACCUGCCCUUAUGACUCAGCCAAUGCCAGUAAGGCAGAAGAGCCAUUUGAGCCACCUUCACGCAAUGAUAAUGAUUUCCUGAUCAGCGAGGUGAACACGGACUCACCAGGUUCAGCAGAGGAUGAAGAGUUUGUGGAGCUGUGGCACCCGUCUGGCCACCGCAUGUCACUCAACAACAUUUGGCUACUGCUGUUCAACGGUAACAAUGGAAAAGUGUACCUCGAAAUUGAACUCUAUGGAUACUACACGGAUACUCACGGGUAUUUCUUGAUUGGGAGUCAUAAGCUCAAUCCACAGUUUGCCAUACCAGCCAAUACCAUCCAGAAUGGCCCCGAUGCCAUUGCAAUAUACCGCUCAUCGUCUCCUCCCUCAAGCGAGGGCUCCAACAUUCCAACGAAGGGCCUGCUGGACGCCAUAGUGUACCGGGCACGUGGUUCUGACAGAGACUCUGCAGACUUAAUCCAGGCUCUGACACCAGGACAGCUCCCCCUGCUGGAAGACCCUGCUGCACUCACGGGUGACGAGAGCCUCAGCCGAUGCGGACCAGACAGACUUAGCCAUAACUCCUUCAUGGUUGCUUCACCCACACCAAUGAAAAGGAAUGACUGCCCCCAUCCUCGUGAAGAACUGGUCAUUAACGAGGUGGGUGGGGUCUCUGGAGCUGGGCGGAGUCUCUUUGUGGAGCUGCUUGGUCCACCAUUAACUCCCUUACAUGGAUUGGUUUUGGUGCUGUUCGGAAGCAGUGGUGAAAGACAUGUGGUCCCGCUGAAGGGGAAUUUAAGAGAGAAGGGAUUCUAUUUACUGAAGAACGAUUCUGGAGCCGAUCAGAGUUUGCCUGCAGUAGCCGGUCUGGGUGCAGUUAUGUUGUGUUUUGAUUUGCUUGGGGAGGUCAGUGUUUGUGGCAGGAACUCUCAAGUUCAAGACCUGCUGGUGUUCUCUGAUGACCAAAGUCUACGUCACAUUUUCCACAGUGUUACACAGCAGCAUGUACACCCAGUUCCCAGCUUUGACUCUAUCUCUCGAUGUGCUACAAAAGGAUCUUCUGUCUGGAUCUCCUCUGACUCAACACCUCACAUCCAUAACUACUGCCCAACCUCUGCCUACUCCAACCCCAUAGACCUGUGCCUGCAGCCGGAAUACACACAUUUCAACUGUAAUGUGGAUGGAUUUGCUGCAUUGUUUGAGCAGUCCUGUCACUGUGGGAUCUCCAGUCUUCACCUCAAAGGUGUGAAUUUAACAUGCUUAUCGGAGAAGCUGUAUGUGGAGGGUUCUGUGCUUGCACUGUCUGAACAGCAGAGGGAGCAUGUGGCCCAAACACUGCGCAGUGAACACUUACCCUCCUGCAGCAUCGCCCAGGAGCGCCUUUAUAAUAAAGCAGGGUCUUCACUGGGACUGCAGGUGGGGCUUGUGUUGGCCGUGGUGUUGUUGUUUGCAAUGGGAGGAGCCAUUUUCUUCUACUUGUACAAGAAGAAACAUCCUCAAGACUACUAUUCAAUGGAGCUGAAUGAACAAGAGUCACCCAUUGAACUCUAGUGUGUGUGUGUGUGUGCGUGUGUGUGUGUGUGUGUGUGUGUGUGUGUGUGUAUGGGUGUGUGUGAGAGAGAGAGAGAGAGAGUGUGUGCGUGUGUGUUUGUGUGUGUAUUUGUGUGUGCAUUUUAAGGGAAAAUCAUUUUUUUAUAUGUAUCAUCAUGAGUAAAUCUCAUUUAACUUUGUCCAAAAGUUCCAGUGCCAUCCAAACAUGGCUGUUAAAGGUGCACUAAGUACUAAAUGAAUUGCUGUAAACCUUAAACUGAAUGAAUUGAAGAUGUAAUGUCUCUCUCUGAGACACAGCUCUAUAGACAAUAAGCAAAAGAGGAUGUUACCCAAGUUCCUCUGAAUGAGGAGUUACGUACAUCACAUGAACUUGAUGCAGGGUCAGAUACUGACCAAGGCUGAAGGUGAAAUAUCCCCAGAAUGUCUCAGAAAUGUUAAAUAUGAGGGGAAAGGGCUCCGCAGUGAAUCCCAUUUGAUAUAUUUGACACAUCUCAGCCAAAAUCUGCCCCUUGGUAAGUGUUCAUUUCUGACACUGACAUGAUGAAGUUUACAAAACCGUCCUGUGUCUUUCUUAAGCUUUGAAGGGAAAUUCUACUUACUAUACCUUUAUGUUAACGUACACAUAGUUGACUUGGUCGUAAGUCUUCAGUCUUUUUUAUUGUAAAUAUGUCGGUGUUUUAUUUCAUUUUAAGAUGCGAAUGCUGGUAGCUUCAGCUAUACAUUACGCAAGGUGGGGGAUUACAUUUAUUAGCCAAGAGCAAGUCCUUUACCCUUUCGUAAAACCGCACUAUAGUUGUUUCACUAUAGUUGCAUUUCAUCUCGGAGAAUAAUGAGAAGCGUCCGUGAUCAUUUAAUGUUACUAUGUUGUAUUCUGAAGUCCUGUUGAGUUUCUGUGGGUCAGAUGUG